CGCCUCCCUACACUCGUGUCCGCCUCCCUACACUCGUGUCCGCCUCCCUUCACUCGUUUCCGCCACCCAUCACUCAUUGAGGCCUCCCUUCACUCAUUUCCGCAUCCCUUCACUCAGUACCGCCUCCCUUCACUCAAUUCUGCCUCCCUUCACUCAAUUCCGCCUCCCUUCACUCAUUUCCGCCUCCCUUCACUCGUUUGCGCAUCACAUUACUCGCAUCCGCCUCCCUUCACUCGUUUCCGCCUCCCCUCCAUCACUCGUUUCCGCCUCCUUUCACUCAAUUCCGCCUCCCUUCACUCAUUGCCGCCUCCCUUCACUCAUUUCCGCCUCCCUUCACUCAUUUCCGCCUCCCUUCACUCAUUUCCGCCUCCCUUCACUCAUUUCCGCCUCCCUUCACUCAUUUCCGCCUCCCUUCACUCAUUUCCGCCUCCCUUCACUCAUUUCCGCCUCCCUUCACUCAUUGCCGCCUCCCUUCACUCAUUUCCGCCUCCCUUCACUCAUUUCCGCCUCCCUUCACUCAUUUCCGCCUCCCUUCACUCAUUUCCGCCUCCCUUCACUCAUUUCCGCCUCCCUUCACUCAUUUCCGCCUCCCUUCACUCAUUUCCGCCUCCCUUCACUCAUUUCGCCUCCCUUCACUCGUUUCCGCCUCCCAUCACUCGUUUCCGCCUCCUUUCACUCAAUUCCGCCUCCCUUCACUCAUUGCCGCCUCCCUUCACUCAUUUCCGCCUCCCUUCACUCAUUUCCGCCUCCCUUCACUCAUUAUCGCCUCCCUUCGGUCGCUUGCGCAUCCCAUCACUCGUAUCCGCCCCCCUUCACUCAAUUCCGCCACUCAUCCCUCUCCCAUCUGCGCGCUUCUCCCCAUUCGACACGCUUCCUCCCCCCUCUGUCCCUUAUUCGCCCCCCUUGCUAUCCUCUUGGCCCGCCCUGCCCCUCAUGCUUACCUUCCCUCCCUCCCCUCACCUCCCUCCCUGUCCACAGGCAAGCAACCCUCUCUCAACCACCCCAGUCGAGAUGGUCUGCCUUACUCCCCUCUCCACCCUUACCCCUCUUUGCCCUUACUCCCCUCUCCACCCUUACCCCUCUCUGCCUUACUCCCCUCUCCACCCUUACCCCUCUCUGCCUUACUCCCCUCUCCACCCCUUACCCCUCUCUGCCUUACUCCCUUCUCUAACCUUACCCCUCUCGUGCUUAUUUCCUUCUCUACCCUUUCCCCUCUCGUGCUUACUCCCCUCUCCACCCUUACCCCUCUCUGCAUUACUCCUUCUCUACCCUUUCCCCUCUCGUGCUCACUUUCCUUCUCAACCCCCUCUCCCCUCUCGUGCUUACUUCCUUCUCUAA